AUGGCGGCGGCAGAGGCGGUGCACCACAUACACCUGCAGAACUUCUCCCGCUCGCUGCUCGAGACUCUCAACGGGCAGCGGCUGGGCGGUCACUUCUGCGACGUGACUGUGAGGAUCCGCGAGGCUUCGCUGCGUGCACACCGCUGUGUGUUGGCUGCUGGCUCGCCCUUCUUCCAGGACAAGCUGCUGCUCGGCCACUCGGAGAUCCGCGUGCCGCCGGUGGUGCCCGCGCAGACGGUGCGCCAGCUCGUCGAGUUCCUCUACAGCGGCUCGCUUGUGGUGGCACAGGGCGAAGCCCUGCAGGUGCUCACGGCCGCGUCGGUGCUGCGCAUCCAGACGGUCAUAGACGAAUGCACGCAGAUCAUUGCCCGCGCCCGCGCCCCGGUGCCGGGCGCGCCCGCACCCCUACCCACGCCGGUGCCCCCACCGCUUGCGCCCGCGCAGCUACGCCACCGCCUGCGCCACCUGCUUGCCGCGCGACCCCCGGGCCACCCCGGUGCCGCGCAUAGCCGCAAGCAGCGCCAGCCAGCGCGCCUGCAGCUGCCCGCGCCCACUGCGCCCACCAAGGCCGAGGGGUCGGACGUCGACCCCGCCCUCCCGGCGCCCCCGGACGACGGCGGCGAUGGCGACGAGGAGACCGAUGACGAAACCGACGGCGAGGACGGCGAAGGCGGCGGCCCGGGAGAGGGCCAGGCGCCCCCUUCCUUCCCCGACUGCGCCGCCGGCUUCCUCACCGCCGCCCCUGACAGCGCGUGCGAGGAGCCGCCUGCACCCGCCGGCCUCGCUGACUACGGCGGCGCCGGGAGGGACUUCCUUAGGGGGGCGUCGGCUGCCGAGGACGUGUUCCCGGAGAGCUACGUGUCUGCUUGGCAAGAUGAGGAUGGCACCGCCGCGGAAGCCUGUCCCACCGAGACCCCGGCUCCGCCUGACUGCGUCCUGUCCGGAUCCCGCGUCCCCGGCGUGAAGACCCCGGGGCCCCCAGUCUCGCUUUUCCCGUUUCAUCUGGGCGCUCCUGGGCCACCUGCACAACCUUCUCCCGCGCCCUCCGGCUCUGCUCCUGCACUCUCCUCCGCCUUCUACCCCGCGCUCCAGCCAGAUGCAGCCCCCAGCGCGCCUCCGGGGGAGGCACCGGCCCCGCCCGCCGCUCCCGCCGUGGCCCCCUCCGCCACCCCUGCCCGAGCCCCGGGUGCCGCCGAGCCACCUGCCUAUGAGUGCAGUCACUGCCGCAAGACGUUCAGCUCGCGGAAAAACUACACCAAGCACAUGUUCAUCCACUCGGGGGAGAAGCCCCACCAGUGCGCCGUGUGCUGGCGAUCUUUCUCACUGCGCGACUACCUGCUGAAGCAUAUGGUCACACACACAGGCGUGCGCGCCUUCCAAUGCGCUGUCUGCGCCAAGCGCUUCACGCAGAAGAGCUCACUCAACGUGCACAUGCGCACGCACCGGCCCGAGCGCGCGCCCUGCCCCGCCUGCGGCAAGGUCUUCUCACACCGCGCGCUGCUCGAGCGCCACCUGGCCGCGCACCCUGCGCCCUGAUCCAGUUCUGGGCCUGGCUACGCCCACCGCAGGACUGACCACGCUCCCGCGCAGUCGGCCACCCUCUGCCGGGUUAGGGACCUCCCGUGGAACUAGGCCACAACCACCACGGGACCGGUAACAUCCCUGCCUAGACGCCUGGACCACACUCCCACCACCAAACCGCACCUUCCCCAGAGCGCAGGCCUUCCCUCUGCUUCCGCCCUUUCCCCCAGACCUGACCAGGGGUCCAGCCUGCCUUACUCCUCUCCUCCCUCGUACUUAGACCCUCCUGACGGUGGCAGGCUGAGGCUGGGUUUGGUCAGGGACCCGACCACCCCUGAGAACUGGAUCAUCUCCAGCCUAAACUCAGAGACCC